CAAUCCGGACGGUGCCCUAGAGCGGGCAGCGCGGACCUCAGUUGUUUUACCGGGGGGGGCCGGCACCAUGGCGCAGCAGGGCGGGCUCAGCAUGAAGGAGCAGAAAUACGACCGGCAGCUCAGGUUGUGGGGUGAUCAUGGACAAGAAGCUUUAGAAGCUGCUCAUGUUUGUGUGAUAAAUGCAACAGCCACAGGAACUGAAAUCCUCAAAAAUUUAGUACUACCAGGUAUUGGCUCAUUUACGAUUGUUGAUGGGAAUCAAGUCACUGGAGAAGAUGUCGGAAAUAAUUUCUUUCUACAAAGAAGCAGUAUUGGCCAGAACCGAGCCCAAAGUGCCACAGAGCUCUUACAAGAAUUAAAUAAUGAUGUUUCAGGAAAUUUUGUGGAAGAGAGUCCAGACAAACUUCUAGACAAUGAUCCUUCAUUUUUCUGUCGGUUUAAUUUAGUGGUUGCAACCCAGUUACCAGAAAGUAUAUUGGUGCGUUUAGCUGAAAUUCUCUGGAAUUCUAACAUCCCUCUGUUAGUCUGUAGGACUUAUGGACUAGUUGGCUAUAUGAGAAUUAUGAUUAAAGAACAUCCAGUCGUGGAAUCUCAUCCAGACAAUGCAUUAGAAGAUCUGAGACUGGACAACCCAUUUCCAGAGCUGAGGGAACAUAUGCAGUCUUAUGACUUGGAUCAUAUGGAAAAAAAGGACCAUAGUCACACUCCAUGGAUUGUGAUUGUAGCAAAGUAUUUAGCAAAAUGGUACAGUGAGAAAAGUGAGCAGAUACCUAGGAAUUACAAAGAAAAGGAAGCCUUCAGAGAGCUGAUUAGACAAGGAAUCUUAAAGAAUGAAAAUGGGAUCCCAGAAGAUGAAGAGAACUUUGAAGAAGCUAUAAAAAAUGUAAACACAGCACUAAAUGUUACUAAGAUUCCAAGCUGUAUUGAAGACAUUUUUAAUGAUGAUCGUUGCAUCAAUCUCACACAGCAGACGCCGUCCUUUUGGAUUUUAGCUCGAGCUGUAAAAGAAUUUGUAGCAAAAGAGGGGCAAGGAAAUUUACCUGUCCGGGGCACUAUUCCUGAUAUGAUAGCAGAUUCGGGUAAAUUUAUCAAAUUGCAAAAUGUAUACCGUGAAAAAGCAAAGAAAGAUGCUGCUGCUGUGGGUAACCAUGCUGCUAAAUUGUUACAGUCAAUAGGCAAGGCACCAGAGUCAAUUUCACAGAAAGAGUUAAAAUUGCUUUGCAACAACUCAGCGUUUCUUCGAGUAGUGCGGUGUAGAUCCCUUUCUGAAGAGUAUGGUUUAAAUACAUUUAACAAGGAUGAAAUUAUUUCCAGCAUGGAUAAUCCAGACAGUGAGAUAGUGCUAUACUUAAUGCUACGAGCUGUGGAUAGAUUUUAUAAACAGCAUGGUAGAUACCCAGGUGUGUAUAACUACCAAGUGGAAGAUGAUAUUGGAAAAUUGAAAUCUUGCCUCAGUGGUUUUCUUCAGGAAUAUGGGCUGUCUGUAACAGUGAAGGAUGAUUAUGUCCAUGAAUUUUGUCGCUAUGGAGCUGCUGAGCCACAUACUAUCGCUGCAUUCUUGGGAGGUAAGAAUACCACUUUAUUUUCACAGGUCCAUUUAGAACUGUCAACGGAGCUAUUUUUGAGCCCAAUUUUUAUUAUUUUAAUAGAAUUCCUCUUCAGUAUAUUUGGAGCAAAGGGAAUAACUAUGGGCUGCAGACAAAGACUGCAUUAGUACUGCAACAUUUUAAAGUCGGUGUGUCAUAUGCUAUAUGGAAAAAGUUGUCUGAGAAAGUGAUCAGAUUGGAAUAAAAGAAAUAAUGGGAAAUUACAAAAUGACCUUAUUAGGCCAGUUAUACUACUUGUACUUUUAUUACUCUAGUUUAAAAUAAAAUUUAUAAUGUGUAUAUGUGACUAGUGAAAGUAUAAAAAUCUGAAGCAUUGACGGAAACAAUAGCACAAUAUGACUAAUUUUAAUUUAGUUCUAAUUUCAGUGUAGACAUUGCUAACUCUGCGAACUUUGUAAAUCUGUACCUAACCAACAUUGCCUUAUUUCAGGCUGCAAUAAAUAUUUUAUAACCAAGAUGUAAAUCAUUUUGAAAUGUAUAUAAUAGAAGUAUUAUUGCAAUCUUAACUGUUUUUGCUUACUUGUCUUCUUACAGUACCAGUUGAAGUGUUAGUUAUAUAAACAACUUGGAUUUUUUUUAAAGGUUAAAGAAAAUUAUAUUGCCAUGGGUGUACGUGGUACUUUAGAAAAAUGUAUGAAGACAAGAUCAGGGUUCUUAAGAGUUUAUAAUGGCAAAGAAAACGUGAACACAGUAUUUUUAUAGAGGUAUUAAAAGGGGUUAUAGCAAUAAAAUAAAAUUUAAGAGCUUGUUCAACAGUUAAAGAAAUAAAUGUAGAGAAGCUAAUUACUAGCUAAGUUUUCUGUCACCUGAAUUUUCCAAUACUCAGACUCUAGACUGCAUAAUCUCUUUUGAAAGGAAAGGGGAUUAUUGAAUGGGAGGGGAGGAAGUGUUUUAGAAAAAUGGUUGAUUAGGAAAAAAAUCAGGUUAGGGGAUGUAGACACUUCUCUUGUAUUAAUUCAGAAAGAUCAGUUUCUUUUUCACCAGUUCACAUGAUAAAAUAUUUACAUAAACUUAUAUGUAUAUGCCUCUUUAAAAAAUUGAAUUGAAAAAUACCAAAU